UGUUCUGCUGCUCGCCAUGUGAUUCCUCGCCUGUCACGUUGCCGGCCACUCAAUCAUCGCAAUCCGAACCCUAACCCAACGGGCCUAAGCCUUGGCUGUAGCAUCAAGUUCAUAAUCCUUGUUUUUCUGGAGUGGCGAAUCUGGAUACUUGGCCUCGUUUCGUGUUCCGACCCAACCAUUGAGAUUUGUUGAUUUUUAUCCCAUCAAAAUAGAAUUAUUCGACAACAGAUUUGAAUCCUCCAAUGACCAUGUGUGAAGUUCAUCAUUUCAGAUGUAUUUUUUGUGUUUAUGCUAUGGAGAUUUCUCACCAGAUAUUUUCUUCUGAUAUGGGUUAGUUGGGCUGUUUUACAAAUUUAAAGUUUUGGCUGGAUAAAUGGGCACUUCUGGUGGUGUAUCUGAGAUUGUUGAGUCAGGUGAAGAGCUCAACUUAGGGAAUUAUUCUAAUCGGCCAAAGCCAAUAAGGGUCAAAUUGAGAGAAGAUGAAGGAAAAUCCCAUAAUUAUUCUGUUGAGGAUGAUCUUAGCCGUCUUAUUGAAGCAAUUGAUUUCAGAACAUCGCCCAGUUUAUUGGGCAUUUCCUCUCAAAUGGUUAAUGGAAGGCAGAGGAACGAUUCAGCUAAAAAGUUCAUUAAGGGUGGUGCAUCACCAGAGUCAGGGUUUGGAAUUUCUGAGUCUGUAACCCUGAAACAGGCUUUGAGAAGAUUAUGCAUAUCACAGGCAUCAGAGCAGGCUGCAUUGAAGAGGUCAUCCAAACCAAUCUGUUUAUCUACUGCCUCUGAAGCUGGCACAAUUAAAAGGCUAUUUGCUUCAGUCAUUAUUGAAGGCAGCAAAUCUGAUCUUUCUGUUGGUGAAGUUAAAAAGAAGUUACUAGAAGUAUCAACUGCACCUAAAAACAUGGCUAUAAAUUCAAGUCAUAAAACAAGUCAAGUAUGUGGUGCAUGCAAUACAGAUUUAUCUUCUAAAAAGGCUGUUUCUUCUUCUUCCUAUAGCCCAUCCCUUGCAGCAAAUGCAACAAAAACCAGAAUCCAAGAUGUCAUAGCUUCUCCAUCAAAAGCCGCUUCCUCAACAUCAAAUCCAAUCAAAACCAGAAUACAAGAUGUAAUAGCUACUCCAUCAACAAAAACCAGGGGGCAUUCAAUGGUGGUUUCAGAGCAAGGAAUAAAAAGAAAAUCAAAUCCAAAAGCUUCUAAAUCUGGUUCUGAGACAGAGACGGGAUUGAAUAAGCCUUGCUCGAGCCCUUUGACCAAAUCAACCUUCAGGAACAAUUUGUCCUUUACUAGGAAAGGAAGGCAGGAAUCUACGUCAUCAUUGGGUAAUUCUGACAGAAUUCCUAAAGUUGAGGAAUCCGUGAAGAGUCCUGGGAAAAUUAAGUCAGGUGUCAGAAAGCUAGUUUCUCCGACAUCUGAAGCAACAAAGCCUGGUGGCGCAAAUCCGGAUAACUGCAGCUCUAGUAAUACCGCUGGUGCAAGAAUGAAUAAAACACCAAGAUCUCGAGAAAAGGGGGAUUGUUCCCAAAGCUCUAUAAGUAGCCUAGGUGACUAUAGCAGCAGCACUAGCAUAAGUGGUGAGAGCAAUCAGAGUGGUUCGAGUGGCAAUGCUAUUAGACCUCACAUGUCCAAGGAUGUAAAAUGGGUAGCCAUCCGCCAUGUUUUGAAUCAUCUUGGUGGUUUGGGAUUGAUGAACUUCAAACUAAUAAAGAAGCUUGGAUGUGGAGAUAUUGGAACUGUCUACCUUGCUGAGCUGACUAGUUCUGGAUGCUUGUUUGCCCUGAAAGUCAUGGAUGUUGAGUUUUUGUUGAGCAGAAAGAAAAUUCUUCGGGCACAAAGUGAGAGAGAGAUUCUGCAGAUGCUUGAUCACCCAUUCCUUCCAACACUCUACGCACAUUUUACAACUGACAAUCUCUCGUGCUUAGUCAUGGAGUUUUGUCCGGGUGGUGAUCUGCAUGUUCUUCGACAGAAGCAACCUGGCAGGAGGUUUUCAGAACCAGCGGCUAGGUUUUACGUCGCCGAAGUCCUUCUCGCUCUGGAAUAUCUUCACAUGCUUGGAGUGAUAUACCGUGAUCUCAAACCUGAAAACAUCCUCGUUCGAGAGGACGGCCACAUAAUGCUCUCGGAUUUUGAUCUUUCACUCAGGUGCACGGUAAGCCCAACCCUUCUCAGGUCAACUUCUCUCGGCAGGGAAGAGGCAGCCAAAAAGUUAUCAGGACCCUGUGCUGAGUCCAGCUGCAUCAAUCCUAAUUGUCAAGUUUCCUGCUUUACUCCUCGUCUCCUCACUUCCUCCAUGAACAAGAACUGGAAGGCGAGAUCCGACUCAACGACCCAAGUUUCCCCUCUCCCGCAGCUCGUCGUAGAGCCCACCGAUGCCCGGUCGAACUCCUUUGUCGGCACUCAUGAGUACCUAGCCCCAGAAAUCAUCAAAGGUGAUGGACAUGGGAGCGCUGUAGACUGGUGGACCUAUGGCAUCUUUCUAUAUGAACUGAUUUAUGGAAGAACACCAUUCAAGGGAUCUGGGAAUGAAGAGACUUUAGCCAAUGUGGUGUGUCAGAGCUUGAAGUUUCCUGAGACACCUACAAUCAGCUUUCAAGCCAUGGAUUUGAUCAAAGGUUUGCUGGCAAAGGACCCAGAAAGCAGGCUUGGUUCAGCCAAAGGGGCGGCGGAGAUCAAGCGACAUCCUUUCUUCGAGGGUCUUAAUUGGGCUUUGAUUCGUUGUGCCGCGCCGCCGGAGGUUCCGGGCGGAUUCGAUCCGGGGACUCCGCCGCCGGCGAGCAAGAAGAAGGAAGGCAAGUGCUUGGAUUUUGGGAAGAAUGGUGAGGAUGUGGAAAUUGAGCUGUUUUAGUCUGUUUUGUUGCUGGGUUGAAAGUCUUUUCUAAGGCUUUUAAGUUAGAUCUUGUGCUGUAAAUUUAAGCCCGUAAGUUGGGACUGAGCUUUCUUUUUUUUUUCCUUUACUUGUUUAUAACAUCAUUUAAAAUCCCUAUGGAAUGGUAUUUAGAGAUGA